GUGAUAAUAUAGAAUUAUGGACAUGUUUCCGAGUUUGACACCCGGCGUGAGUGCUAGAUCGACCGGCGGGGAGUCGGGGAAUCCCCGGGAGAAUCAAGAUGGCGCGAAAUGGCGCUUGUUUGACAGAUUCUUCGAGGGUUUGGUGCCGGUGACGAGGUUCUGGGGCGUCGCGACGGCUAUAGGGUACCAACAAUAA